GCGUAUUCGAAUCCGAAUACUUUUCACUCAGUCAUGUUCCAUCGGGAACCGGAUGCAAAUACGAAGCCUAAAGUUUUGGGAAGUUUUUGCAGUCCGUAUGCUGUGAUUUGUAUGACAUAUUGCAAACAAAAGCUUACAGUAAAUAAUGUAUUUAUGUGAACAUGGAAAGUCAAAGUAAAAUCGCCUGAAAAAUAUGUAUAUCAACCAAAGCAGCAGCAAGGUGUGAGUACUGGCAACCGCCAGCUAUGGCAACGCAGUUCAGCAUCGAUGAUGCGUUUGUGCUGGAGGGAGAGGACGAAGGGGUGUCCGAUGGAGAGAAGGAAGGAUGGAAGGGCCGAGAGAAAGACAGAGAGGGUGGGGAGAUGACGUUCGGUACCCUGUCCUUUGCCAAACCCCAGGCUCACCCGGCCUCCACUGUGGUUGGCUCCCCCGACCACAGCAGCAGUCUGAAGUACCAGAAUCUGGAAAAUGAAGACGUCUUAGGCAGCAGUGGCAAUUCCUCUUUCAAUAACUUAUUCAAAAUCAGUGAUCCUGCUACUCUGUCUUACUGCAGCUCCCAGUGGUCGUUCAGCACCUUGAGUUCUGUCACCCAGCUCUCUGCACAGUGCUGCGGAUGGACGUCUCACCCUCUGGUGAAGAAGAACAGAAGAGUGGUCCUCGCUUCAUUCCUUCUCCUCGUCACUGGAGUCGCUCUCAUUUUCACUGGUGUCGUAAUACAAUUGAAUCCGGAUGCAGGUGUCUCAAGUGCCAUUUUCUUCGUCCCUGGAUUUCUUCUCUUCAUUCCUGGGGUGUACCAUGUGAUUUACAUCAGCUGUGCAGUUAGGGGAAGAAGAGGCUUCAAGUUCUUCUACUUGCCCUAUUUUGAAAAAUGACCCAUUGCACUACACCUUUUUUUGUCCAAUUUCCAGAAUCAUACUUUUUUAAAUUAUGUAACAGAAAGAUAUUGUUCCAUGGAUGUUUUUUCUUAUUUUGUAAAACCUUUUUACCCUGUCUUUAUACUGACCACUACUAUGGACUCAACCACUUUGUGCCUCAAUAAGCUUCCUGCACAUCCUGUAUGGAAGAGAAGGGAGUCUGAUUUGCCUUGUUUGUCAUGUCUCGUGAGUAAAUAAUGACUGUGAAACUACAAUAAACUUUUUUUUUUGUAUAUUA